CUCAGCUAUUCGUGGAUUACAGCUCUCGAGUGUCAAUAAUGUGCAGGUUUCCGUAUGCAACUGUCAUAUAAGAAGCCACGAUGAAAGUGUCUAACUUUCCCAGUGCCAUAUUUACAAUAAAUUUUAGUAGAUGUUAAUUUUUUAAGUAAAAAGAAAUAAUGCCAUGGCGAGAUUGUCCGCUUACUAGUUCAGUUUUAUAAAUUUUUCAUGUUACGUACAUAGUGCGAGAUGAGAACGUUGCAGGCUACGUUUUUGUUCGUCGCCCUAGUGUUUCACUUUUGUUGUGACACUUGCAAUACUCAGCUCUACAUUAAUGUUAGGAAUCAGGGAGGAGAUAUUCUACGGGAAACCAUUACGUCCAAUACAACUGAAGAUGUGAUAACUUUAGAAUUUGUACGUUGGGAUGGAACGCAGGUCACUCAACUCAUAGAUUUUAAAAAUGAAGUACAAGUUAUCAAAGUUCUAGUCUUAGGCGAAGAAGAAAGAGGACAGAGUCAAGUUCAAAUUAUGUGCUUCGUUACUCAUUUCGAUAGAAUAGAUUUUAUAUCUUCUGAUGCCAUGGCUAAAUUGCGACAAAAAAAUCCUGGUACAAUUAGAAUAGCUGAAGAAGAUAAGGGUCAUACAAAUUAUACCAUGGAUUUAUUUUUGGAUAUUAUGCAAUCUGGAGUAAUUUCAAAACAUGUGAGUGAUCUUUGUCUGGAAGCAGGUGACUCAACAUUCACAAGUAGUGAAGAUGUAAAGUUUUGGGCUCAGAGACCAGGUUCCACAGAUGGCACUCUUCGUAUAGCUGUACAUAAUUUUACCUCUGCUGUACCUGUUCCAUCUUCUUCUGAUCCUUUAAAAAUACCAAUCGUAAUUAAAUGUGCUGAUACAUCUAAUUUGUGGGCUCCUUGCACAUGCUCUUUAGAAUUAUGUAUAGGCUGGUAUCCAUGUGGGUUAAAAUAUUGUGACACUAAAGGUGAGAAUAAGAAACCAGUAAGUCAGUACAGAUGUGGUAUAAAAACUUGUAAGAAAUGUUACAAGUUCUCAUACUAUACCAAAAAGAAACAAAACUGUUUAUGGGAUGAAUGACACAUGAGAUAUUGAUUAAAAUAUGUCAAAAACAAGACUUACACAUAACUAGAAACAUUUCCAACUAAUUGCCCAAGUAUUUUAACAUUGGAUGAAAAGCAAUGACAGAUUAUUUAGUUGUUUUUUGAACACUUCAUAAUUGCACACUAUUUUACUAAUUUUAGAAUUACUAACGAUAUUGGUAACAAUUAUCAAAGAUAUUUCUUAUUCCAUGUAACAUAUAUGAUGAAAAAAAGGAAAAAUCGAGUAAUUUUUUGUAUGAAUGUUCUAGUUUUGUUUUAUAUUUUUUAUAAUCAUAAUUAUAAAUAUACAAGUCAACUUGAGUCAUAAUUAGUCACAUUUAAUCUUAAUUUUUAAAGUGAAAAAAUCUUCUGAGAGCCAUUAUAAAUUAAUGUGAUGAUUAAUCAAUUUUUACAGUUUAUAUUAGCAAUAUGUAAAUAAACACUUGUACAUAAAAAGCACUGAAAACUUUUAUAGAUGCAAUAUAUAUACAGAGUAAAUAUAUCUCAGCAAUGACGAUGUUUAAAGGAAGUUUUAUAUAUAUCUAAACUGAAUACUCUAAAACCUAUCUCCACCAAUGAACUCGAAGUGUCGUUGUUGUUCAGUAGGAAGCCCCUUUACUUGAAAAAAAAUUGAUUUAAAAAAUGUGUAUGAUAGAUGAAAUAUUGAAUCUUGAUGUAAAUUCCUGGGAUCUUCUUGUGUUAAAAAAAAAUGACUAAUACAACGCAAUAUUGAUGCAUGAUAUUAUAAGAUAUUGCAAUUUGUACAGAUAUUUUUCUAUAAACAUUUAAUAAAAAUAUUUGAAAAAGCUCA